CUUUUUCAACGGCGAUGACUAUAUAUAGCAUGUUUAUUUGGUAAAAUGUGAUUUGUAAUAUUUCAGUGUUCUGUCUUGUGAAUAUAUGGACCCUGUAAUAGUUUGGUAACAUUUUUAUGCCAUGUAGAAUGUCUUUAUCGACGUUCCAUGAAAGUUUAGUUUGUACUAUGUGAACAUUUCAUAAGCAUCUUAACCUCAUAAAGCGUCGAGUUUAAAAUUCAGUUAUGUCAUCUUGUCUGUGCUCUAUGAACCGUUGUUUAGUCUACUGUAAAAUCACUAAUUUUAGUGGGUUUUUUUGUUUUAUAUUUCGUUGAUUUCGUGGGUAAUUUUCAUCCAUGAAUUCAAAUGGGUCCUCAAAGUAAUUACAAGUUAGAUAUAAGGUCAUUCUCUGUUUGAGUGUGUACUCGUUAUCUACAAAUUCAUGUAUCCUAGAAAUGGUGCUGUGUCGGGAAACAACGACAUUUGCGCCAAACGAAAAUAUCUGAUAUUACAGUACAUGUAUAUGCGUUUGAGCGCAGCACCGUUAGUCUUGAUGCCGUUUGAACUGUUGAGUUCAGUCUUGUAUAUAUCUGUUCAGUAUACGACUUUUGUAACGAUAAAAGUUCAGUCCUGUACAUGUCUGUUAUCUGUGAAUUGUAGCCUGGUAACAACUUCAGUCCUGUAUAUGUCUGUUCUUUGUGAAGCCUUUGAUCUGAUCCAAGUCGUCGUGUUUUUGUGAACACGUUGGUCCUGACACAAUGUUACUAUGGAUAUGGUGUGUUGGCACAAUGACAAAUAUGUAUACGUCUAUUCUGUGUGAACCAGUUUCAGUAAUGCACACGCCAGAUACAUGUGGUUGUCAUAACGACAAUACAAUGUCGUCAUACCUGAUGCACUAUGAAGAUAAUAUCUUUGCUGGCGGAGGUAUUUUGUUGUUAGCAGUAGAGUGGAUAUCUAUUUCAACAUGAUAAAACGUGCGAUUUUAUACAUUGCCUUGUCAUUUAUUUGUAGUAAGGGAUAUGUAUGUUGUAAGUAUCAAUAUAUCAUUGAUACUAUUACCCAGUGAAGCCACGACCAAUCUACCCACUCAGGCUCCUACAAGGCGACCUGGCUGUGGUCUUGGGAAGCAAGACAUCGUUUUCAUGUUGGAAUCAUCAUCAAGCGUUGGUCGCUACGGUUUCAGACGGAUGCUGGAUUUCAUGAAGGAUUUUUUAUACAAUUAUGAUGUUGACGCAGGGCAGGUUCGUGUUGGGGUUGUCACGUAUGGUACAGACGUUACUAUUGUCUUUUUUCUUGACACAUUUACACGGCGUCAAAUACUGUUCGAAGCGAUAGACAACAUCCCAUACACUCGAGGAAAUACCAACACAGCGGGCGCCCUUCAAGCCAUGCAUCUCGCCAUGUUUAAUGAGCCGAAUGGAGAUAGACCGGAAGCGGAGAAUAUUGCAAUAUUGAUUACAGACAGCGUGUCUAAUGUUAACUAUGGUCGCACGCAAGCGGAAGCGGAAGACGCAAGGAAUGCUGGGAUCACCAUUUACGCUAUUGGUGUUGGACUUGCAGAUACUACCGAAAUCAAAGGCAUAUCUAGUAAACCAUCAAAUCGACACAUCUUCCUGAUCCAGAAUUUCGCUGAAUUGCCUGACAUCCAGGUGGAAUUAUACGAAGCCUCCUGUCCCGGUAACGUAGAAAACGCUUCAACUGCAAGGGAUCUGUUGGUGGUUCUCCCUAAACUAAUAUAUGUCACUCAAAGUCAAUUUCCUUUAGUGGUGUUGGUUUCUGCUAGUAUUGCACGACGUCAGUUCUCAUUGGCCCAACAGAAAGCAUAUUGUUUCUUUAAUUUAUAGGUUUGCAUGCUUGAUAUUUUCAUCCUACAAAGAACUAUAAAUAAUGGUUACGGAAUAUAUUCUAUUGGGAAAGGGACUCUUAAUGAUUCAAUAUCCCGUUGUAUGGCGCUGAUCAUAACCAUAAUGCUAUGAGUUUGGUAAUGGUUAAUAAAACAGAUUCUGAAUAUCCCCCUUUGUAUACUACACAUAUGUAAUCGAUGAAAAUGUUACACACUACGUGUGUUCUUUGUCGAUAUCAACAUUUUUGUUUUAUCGAAUUUAAUUGUAUUAUUCAAAUCAAAAUAGCGGCACAUCGAUCAAAACCUCGUGAGUAUAACUAGGUUUUCCUUCACAUUUAUUCUCUGAAUAUUUUAUUUGCAGUAAAUCUUAAAAAAAAAGCUGUUCGUUUUCAUUUCAGGUGCGUCUUUAAUGUAAAAAUAUAAGACUUUGUUUUAUUUCAGAAACUUCAAAUAUAUAUACUAUUAUAUUUAUU